AUGACUUUCUGCUACCAGACCCAGUGUGAGGAUUCCUGCUACUCACCCUGCAACUACGGCCCGUGCAGCUACCGGACCUACGACUGUGGGAGCCCCUGUGGCUACCAGAGCUAUGGGAGUCUGUGCGGUUACCGUGACUGCUACCCCUCCUACAGCUCUCGCUACUGCUACCCCUACUCUUCUCGCUACAUCCGUAGAUACAACUAUGGGAGCUGCUACCCCUGCUAA